UUUUUACACGAACACGACCACCGUACCCAGACUGCGUUCACAUCUUAACACCAAAAGAGAAGUCUUCUCGAUCUGCUCUUCUUUGGCGGGUUUAUUGCUCGGUCAGGGACCAUCUUUGAGUCAUUUUCCAACAUGAAGUGGUUGGUUGUCUUCCCGCUGGUUUCGUCACUGUUGGCGAUAGCCGCCAUCGCGGUUGGCAUUUGCGUAUCAUCAGGUGCUCUUUUUAUACAACCUCGUGCCUUGUCUGGUAUAGUGUAUGUUUCCAUAGCUCUGGUUUUGGUGUCCAAGGUGCUUCACGAAAACAUGCUCAGACUGUUCGCCCUGACGAGGUCCAAUAGCAAGACGCGUUCUAAAAUCCACUGCUUGAAUAUGUUCUCGGCGCUGAUUGGCUUAGUUGGCCUACUGAGUGUGACUGUCGCCUAUGCCACUCCCAAUCCAGUCUUUGGGAUGACGAAGUCUUCGUUGCAGACUGCUAUGGAAAUCCUGGGUUGCGUCUCAGCCGCCCUGUACUGCGCAGUGCAAGCUCAUCUGUCUAAGGUAGUGCGGCCGGAGCUGUGCAGUCGCUGCGUCGUGAAUCUGCGACGGACUCUGACCGUCUUCGUCACUCUGCAGGCCGUCACUGUCAUCGUACUUGGAAAUAUUCUGCCACUGGUGCUGCCAGUGACCCUUUCCAAUCUACACUUGUUGAGGCUUUCCCGCCUUUCUGAUGGCAUCUUGAAGUACGUUCUUGUCUCUGUGGUCUGUGUCUACCUGCUGACUUUUACCCACGAGUUCAGCAAGGAACCGCCCAAUCCCAACGAUCGUUCUAGUUCUAAAAAUGCCGUCGAACCCGAGCCAAUGCCAAACCCCGACACUUAAACCGGAGAAGUACCACUGGUUGAGCGUCCCUGCAUGACCGGAGCAAAGGUCUAUAAAAGAACUUCCCGUGAAAUCUAGAAUCGUUCACAAAGUUGAUAAAGCAAAUAAUUUUGUGGAUCAAGGUCAAUUCGUGAUUUAGUCACCGUCUUUUUUAUGAUUGCCCGACCCGAAAAUAAAUACAUGUAAACAGAUUAUCUUGAAAUGAGCCUGAAAACCAUCAUUACAAAGGCCGCAAAAGCGGUAUCUUACUACAGGAUUAUGUGAAUCAUAAAAGUGAAUAUCAACUGAGGUUUGGAGUGCACCGACGGGAACCCAAGCAUUUUAAUAACAGACAGAGUGUAUGUUUUUUUGUUUGUUUGUUUUUUUUUGUUUUUUGUUUUUUUACACAAGCGGAGACCCAGUCCAUGGGAAUCAUUCGUUGGGUGUGGACAUUUUUGGAAAAGAUUUUCAAUUUCAUUUCCAGAAUAUUAAAAAAGUAAAGUUCUGCGUCGUCUAUACUUCAAGUUUUCGGAAGUAUAUUUCACGAAGGGCUUUAAACGCCAGAACCGGGUUUGCUAACAAAAUUAAUGUGAGGGCAUACAAGAAACCUACUCGGUUCGAUGGCAGAUAAAGUGUACCGCACAUUAGUAACAAAGCCAAACCAAAACUGUCAUAAUGCCAUCGAGCCUACACCGCAUCCCAAGCUAAAAAUGGGCCUUUGUUUUGAGAUUCUUUUGCCCGGGAACAACAAAGUGUUCAACCGACAAGUACUAACUUAAUUACGGAAUCACUCCUUCACAUCUUUCUUCAAUUUACAACGGCAGUGAAUUUGGGACUUGACUGCAUGCAAACUGAACUGCAAAGAAAAGAUUUGAAAAAAGGGGGAUUCGUAUAUUAAUCAAAUUGCUGGUAAUGGACAACUGAGUGCCAAAAAUCUUAUUCAUAUUUCCAUGAGGUUUUAAAGUAAACCAAAAAACUGACAAAAAAACUACUUUUGUCUUAGCUUGUGUUAAUUCUAGUCCAACACAAAAAAUAAUUUUCAAACGGAAAAACAGGUGGUUGGGGCGUGCUAUAGAUAUGCACAACAUAAACAGUACUGUUGGACCAGAUCACACGUGUUUGAAAUGAUACAAAAGGAAAUUGCCAGAAACCCUUUGCAAAUACUGUUGUUUGGUGACGUCACAAGCAUGGUACCUUGACGUUGUUUCGCCCAAGGUGCGUCAUACCCACAGACAUCUCAGUUACUUUCGUGAGACUGUUCGCUUCCUUCCUCGUCAUCCUGAGUGAAUGCGUCCUCACUGCUGUCGAUCUCAAAAGUCGUGAAGAUGGGUAUCUCCUCGGCCACGCCCUUUCGGUGGGGGUGGUCCGGCGGUAGGAGGAGCCUGAACUUUCCCCGCCCGUUGGUGGCCACUUUGAUGGGCACGUACUGCUUGCCAUCGAAAUACAUUGCGUCGCUGACCAGGAACCCCUUGGAGCGUGCGCGUUGGAUCACUGAGGCCAGCUUGUCAUGCGCAGUUUGACAUUGGUAGUCAUGACCCUCGCACAAGUCAGCCUUAUUAUUGU